AUUCAGAUAAAAUCUUUAAAAAAGCUUAUUGGAGUGAGAAUAUUUUAUUAAAAUUAUCUAAACCAAAAAAGAUUCCUAAAGACACAGAAUUAAUUGUUAGAUGUUGGGAUAAUAGAGCUAAAAGAAGAGAUGGAAUCUUGGCUGAAAUAAAAGUAGAUCUAAUUAACCUUGACCCUCAUGAAAAUAAAGUAAAAUUGAGAUCAAAAGAUCGUAAUUUCGAAAUUGUUUUUGAAAUUUACUAUAUAUUAAAUGAAAAUCCAAAAGCUUCAUCAGAAAUAUUAAAUAAUAUAAAACUUAAAAAAGAUAUGAUUGGUAUGAUGCUAAUAAAAGAAAUAAGUCUUGAAAAUUUGAGCAGAGUUCCUGGUCAUUUAGAGAUGAAAUUGGGUGAUGAAAUUCAUUCAACCAAUUAUCAUUAUAAAACAGUAAAACAAACUGGAUGGAAAUAUCCAAUUUCAUUUCUAAUAAAACGCAGCUCUAAUACUUUAAUAAUAACACAGCAUCUAUCGUCAAGUCAUAGAUUUCCAUAUUUUAAUUUAAAGAUUAAUUCUUAUUCCAGCGAACUUGAGAAAAAAUUUUGGGAUGAUUUGUUACUAACAGGAUCCACAAAAAUUGGACCAGUUUCCAUUCAUGAUAACAAAGGAAUAUCUUCUAAAAUAGGAUUUAGGUUAUCUUUUCACAAAAUCAUCAAAUUAACUCAGUUAUUACCAUCUGGUACAAUUCCAAUAUCUCCACCAUUAGCGAAAAAAAAUAACAAUCAAUUCAAAACAUCAUCUGACAAACAUUCUAAAGCUUCAACAACAUCAUCUUUCCUACAAUCAAAUACUAAUGCUAAUAAUAAAAUUUCUCGGCUAAUACCUUCAAGAAAUAGACCAACGUCACUGCAAACUCAACAAAAGAUUUCGAAUACACAAAACAUUAAUGGUAAAAAUAAUUUUGUUUUUAAUAAUAAUGAUGAUGAUAAUAAUCAAAGGAUAUUUUCAGAUAAUUAUGUUAUACAAAAUCUAUUACUAAAUAAUUACAACAACAACAACAAUGACAAAGAGGGAUAUAAGAUUUAUACUGGCAAAAAUAUUAGAAAUGAUGAUAUUGUUAUAAUUAAAACAUUUUCAAAUGAGUUUCUUUGGGAAAAUGAAAUGAAAAUAAUUAAACAACUAAAAAGUUCCUUUAGAUAUAUUCUAAAAUUUCAAGACACGUUAACAACUAACAAUGAUAAUGAUGAUAGUAGUAGUAUUAGUAAGGAACAUAUUAUUGUUAUGGAAUACUUUGGCAAAAGUUUAGAUCUUAGCCUCGACAAAUUUAAUUCUUUAAAACUUAUCAGAGAAUUGUUCUUGAAUAUUUGUAAAGGUGUUCAAUUCUUGCAUAAUAAUGGAAUUGUUCACAUGAAUCUAAAUCCUUCAAAUAUUUUUUGCAAGGAUAAUAAUAAACCCUGGAAGAUUAAGCUUGCACCUGAAUUAGUGUUAAAUUUAAAUUCUGGUUCGAUAUCACAUUAUGCUAUUGAUAUUUAUUCAUUAGACUCUCAAAAACUAUUAAAAGUUCUAUUUUUAUAUUAA